AUGAGCGCGGUGACUCUCCAAGCAAUAUUCUACGGCAAGAGUCAAUUCAGCAUUCGGGAAAAGGCGGAAAUGACGGCUGCCACCGCGCUCUUUAUGAUCCCAACAGCUCUGGUGUUCCCAGCCAUGAUGAGAUUGGCCAACACCCCACCUUCAUCAGAGACCCUGACUCGAGUCAGGAAGCACAAAACAGCGCACAAGCAACAACCGCAAGGAGGUAAUAAACAACUCAUGAGUCAGCGCGACCGGCUCGUAAAGGCGCAACGUGAGGAGUUCCACGCCGCGCUUUCAGAUGUUACUGGACCACAGGUGUUCCGAGUGAUGGGCGAGGCAGAGAAGGCUCCUGGAGGAAAUCAAAACGCACGACUACACAACGUGACGGCAUCGCUGGGCAUUUUAUGUACCCUGCUGUGCGCCGUUUCAGCCUACGGGGUGGCAGCUCACAGAGUCACGAUCAUGUCUCAGGCAAUGGUUUUUCAAGCUGUGCUCGCACCUGCUCUAGUGCUAUGCGGUGCGAUUCUGUAUGGUUCCAGCGUUGGUCUCGCCACAGGCGCUGUGUUCGGGGGGCUGGGCACUCUCGUGUGCGCGUACUUCUUGCGGGUACACAGAAGAAUCGAACUGGUGGUGCGGAAGGUCUGUGAGGAUGAUCUAAUCACGGCGUGGUCGCACCCGGUGCCUUCCAUGCAUUCCGCGGUCUUACGUGUGCAGCAAGCUUACAGGGGUUUUCUCCUUUCUGCAUACCACUACUGUACCUCGUUCAUCGAAUCAACCGUGGGUGACAACCUUGUUUUGAACCUGGGCUGUACUACCCUCACCAGAAUACACCGCGCCAUGACUAGGACUGCCCGCAUCGUCGAGUUCACUACCUGGUUGAACAAGUGCAAGCGAAGACGUUCCGUGAUGCACAUGCUUGUAAACUCCGUGGUGUACGUGGUCAUUCUUUGCCUUACAUACACCAACCUCGUCUUCGCGAUCAAGUUUGACCGGUAA